AUGGCGGUCUGCAAGUCGGAAUUAGAGGUCGACUUCGGCAGAGAUGGCGAACAUGAAGAUCGCUCGUUGAAACAGAGGCCAAGAUCACUCUCUGGAAUAGAGAACAAGAUCCGGUGGACGAAGACUCCAGAUCGAUGGUCGAAGACCAAGAUUGUUAAGCAUAUGAGGUUGUGGCUAUUUGAGUGCAAAGAACCAAGCCAUGAAGCCUUCACCUUGGGGCUGGCUGCAGCCGCCCUUCUGGUUCUGGCCCAUGUUCUUGCCAGCUUGAUUGGUGGGUGCAGUUUCUGCACUCAAGAAGACAUCCAAAAGGCUUCCCCUAGCAGGCAAUGCUCCCUGCUUUGCCUCCUCCUCACUUGGGUUGUAUUGGGCGUCGGAUUGGGGUUGCUGGUGAUUGGGACCCUGUCAAACAACAAGUCGAGAGCAAGCUGUGGCUUAACACACCAUCACUAUUUGUCCCUUGGUGGCAGUCUGUGUUUUGUCCAUGCAGGGUUUUCUGUUGGGUAUUACGUUAUUGCCACUGCCUCACCCACCGAGUAA